CGAAGCAGCGCAACCCCGUUGCGCAUGGCUACAAAGGGCAGUGCAAAGAUUAUCGACCGCGGCUUCAGGCCGUAUCGCACAUCCAGCGUCCUGCGUUCGUCGACGACCUGGCCACGCGUACUCGACUAUGCCCGCGCCGAACAAAUUCACCUACAGCGUCGCGGCAUCCUUUAUUGGCAAGGACCGACCAUUCGACCCUUCGCAGCACGUCUUCCACUUUAAUCCAUAUCAUCGCCAGACUCUCCCGUCUUCGAAGCCUACCGCGCGGCCCGAUUCCGGUCACGACGCAUUCUUCGUCAGUCGCGUCAAUGACUCGGGUUCAACAGCUUUCGGCUUGGCUGACGGUGUUGGAGGCUGGGUUGACUCUGGGGUUGAUCCGGCGGACUUCUCGCAUGGGUUCUGCAAUUACAUGGCGGAGGCAGCGCGGGGGUACAAACCACAAGAAGGUCGAAGCCUAUCAGCACGGCAACUGAUGCAGCAAGGGUACGACGCCGUGUGUCGCGACAGGAGCCUAAAGGCGGGAGGCAGUACAGCCUGCGUUGCCAUCGCGGAUCCAAGCGGAACAAUCGACAUUGCGAACUUGGGCGACUCAGGGUUCCUGCACUUACGACUGAACGCGGUCCAUACAGUGUCCGAGCCGCAGACGCAUGCGUUCAAUACGCCAUUUCAACUCAGCCUGGUACCCCCGGCGAUGGCUGCGCGCAUGGCGAACUAUGGGGGGCAGCAGCUAUGCGAUCUGCCGCGCGAUGCCGAUGUCUCGAAACAUGACCUUCGACACGGCGACGUGAUCAUCCUAGCGACGGAUGGUGUCCUGGACAAUCUAUUUAACCAAGACAUCCUGCGCGUGGCUAGUCGCGUCAUGACAUCUACGGGUGCUUGGCAGGCAUCUGAGAAGAGCGGGAUGCGCAUCCCAGAUACAUUGAAGCGUUACACGGACGCGGUUCAGGACGAGAACGGCAAGCCAGUCACGCUACAAAGUAUGCUCGCCACAGCCCUCGUUGGCGCUGCGAAGCGAGCCAGCAUGAACACCAGAGUCGACGGGCCGUUCGCCAAGGAGGUUCGCAAAUACUAUCCCCAGGAGAACUGGAGAGGCGGCAAAGUGGACGACAUUUGCGUCGUUGUGGCCGUGGUGUCCGAGGAGGGCAACCCCAAGGCCAAGCUGUAAUGUUACCCACCAUUGUGUUUUGCAUCUAUAGAACGGGCAUUUCAUGAUCUCGAAGUAUAUACUCGGGACAUCACGGGGGAUAGGGGCAUAACGAGACGGCGUUGGGCGACCAAGACUUCAGAAGCUGGCAUAUUGGGCUAUCUGUUUAGGCGUUCUGACUUUGCAUUUCAAUAGAUGAGUUUCACAUGAUAAACGCUGUUU